UGCUUCAUCCUCUGCUCCUGUGUAUGAGCCACCGAUGCAGCCUGUUACGUCCCCUUCGUUUGCCGUUGAUCUGAGCGGCAAUGUUGGAGACGAGGUUCGGUAUGGGGAACAUAUUCCCACCGAGGUACAUUGUCCCACACCGGCUGGUGUUAGUGAUGGUUUGUUUGAUGAUCCAGAUGACGAUGAGGUUGAGCCGGAUAUGAUCGCUGAUGAAAGCGGCGAUGAUGUUGGAACUACUGUUUCGAGAAGGGCUACAGGUGGAUCUAGUUUUGGGACACAGCAGUAUCCACCCCAUUUUUCCUCGUUGGACCUGGGUGCCAUGCGGCAGGACGAAAACGCUCUGCAGCCCUCAGGAUUUGGCGCUAGAGACACCGAGGGGUCUGCCGGUAUGAACGAGUUCCAGGUUGGCCAACAAUUUCAGGAUAAAGAUGAGGCGCUGUUGAGUGUGAAGACGUACAGUAUCCGCCGAGGGGUCCAGUACAAGGUCGUUGAGUCUGACUACCGCAGGUAUGUGGGAAAGUGUUCUGAGUUUGGGAAUGGGUGCACAUGGCUAAUUCGGUUGAGUCUCCGACAGCGAAAGGGUAUAUGGGAAGUGAAGUGAUACAACGGACCGCAUACAUGUCUUGCCAG